UUAAAAAUUUCCAUUUUCCCCCACAGAUGCUCGAUGAACUUUAUGAAUAUGCAAAUAUGCCUGGUCAAUCAACUCCCGCCCAUUUAACACCUCCAGCUUCAUUACCUAUUUCCUCAACAACCCCUUCAUUACAACAACUCUUUCCUUGGCUUCCAACAUUCCCUACACUUCCACCCCCUCCACCACUCCCAACAUUAUUUCCACCACCAACAACACCCCCAACAUUAUUCUCAACUUUUCCACCAUCUUCAGCUUCGGGAGAAAGAGAUCCCCCUUUAAUACCUGGAAAUUCAGUAGAAGUUGCUAAAGAUUUUGCUGAGGCAAAUAAAUUAAUGCGUUCAUUUCUUAAAAUAAUGACUAAAAAUUCAAAAAAACCUCUUAGACCGAUGCCAGCGUUAAAUGAUGGGACAGAAUUGGGAAGAAAUCGGCCUUUAAUGGAUCAACUUUUUGAAAGUGAUAUUCUUUUAACUGCUCGACAAGCAAAAGCAAUUGUGUUGGCUGAAGCAGAACGUAAAGGAAGACGAAGGAAAAAGAGAAAAGUGAUUACUGGGUCAGCUUAUAGAUGGCCUAAAGGACAACCAAUACCGUAA